AUGGCCUCUCCACAAAGCGUCCAAUGUUUUGGCAAAAAGAAGACUGCUACGGCGGUCGCCCACUGCAAGGCCGGAAAGGGACUCGUCAAGGUCAACGGAAAGCCUCUUAACCUCGUCCAACCCGAGAUCUUGCGAUUCAAGGUCUACGAACCCCUCCUGGUCCUUGGCCUCGACAAGUUCGCCAACGUCGACAUCCGCGUCCGAGUUACCGGCGGUGGACACACCUCGCAGGUCUACGCCAUCCGUCAAGCCAUCUCCAAGUCAAUCGUUGCCUACUACCAGAAGUUCGUUGAUGAGCAUUCCAAGAACGAGCUCAAGCACCUCCUCGUCACCUACGACCGUACACUGCUUGUUGCCGAUAACAGACGUUGUGAGCCGAAGAAGUUUGGAGGUCCCGGUGCCAGAGCCAGAUACCAAAAGUCGUACCGUUAA